UCAGAAGCUGAUUUGAGAAGCAUCGAAACAUAAGCUCAGUACGAAUUAUCAGUUUGAUGACUGAGGGUGUUUUACUUAUUUUUUGAAAGCAAAAAUGAAACUAAUUCCUUUAAUAUUUGUAUUCAUUCUGGGGCUGCAAAGUUCCAUGGAAGAUUGUAUGCUUGAAGAUGAGGAGAAUGAAUGCGGAGCGUAUUGUUACAAAGUAGCAAGACCAAUUUUAGGAUAUUUGACACAGUUACUGAAGGAGUUACAUGAGUGCAAAAAUCGAAAUCGGGAAAACCUCAUCCUAAAAGGAAAAGAAUUCGUGAAACUACACUUAGAAGGGUUGAGACUGGAGAAUCUACAGAACUUAAUGGCAGAACAGGAAUUCGUUAAAUUGGAUAAAUGGAUGACUGCAUGCACAAGGCCACCUCGUACAACAAAAUUUUGCAAAAUUCUUAAUGGAAAACACUAUUUUGUAGACUAUAUUAAAUCAGUUACAUGGGAGAAAGCCUAUAAUAUUUGCCGCCAAAUGGAUGGACACCUUGUUAGUUUAAAAAGUGAAGAAGAGUGGAAUGCUCUUCGUGGCCAUUUAGACCGUACGCGCAGAUAUUGGACAGAUCUUAUGAUAUCCAAUAAUGAUCGUAAUAAUAUAAUCUCAAAUACUACUGGAACGAAACCUGAAUAUACAAAUUUUGCAAAGUUUGAGCCCAAUAAUUGGUAUGGACAUGAAAAUUGUGUUGAAUUGUGGAAUAGGGCCCGCCCUACAACCUUUGAAAUGAAUGACGAGUCUUGUUCUACAGAAAUUUUUUUUAUUUGUGAACGUAAUUAA